UGCGCAAUCGUUCCUUAUUCUCAAGGAGAAAAGCAUCCUAAUGAACACUGUUCUAAAUUUAAUUUAUCCGAACAGUGCCAGGCUGCUUUUUACACUGAUGCACAAGAGAAUAUUUUUGAUUGUGACACUAAUUUCUUUGGAGGCUUGUCAUUAUCAUUGUUACGAUUUUGAGGUCGACAACGAUUUCAAUCCUUGAAUAACCCAUAUUGCUUUGUGAUACACUCAUGUUAUAUGGAUUAUUAUCAUUUAGACUCUACUACGGAAUACGCUAUGCCGAACGUCAAACCUGUUUUCGAAAGUCAACCAUUUGAUUAGAUCUAUGUCAAGCUCCAGCAGCAGCAAAGAUGGUUCCGAAUCUCCCUCUCCAGUUGCACCCAAUGCCCCUAAAUUCGGCACACUCAUUCCCAACAGAAUAUUCGUCGGAGGAAUCGCCGAAAAUACGAUAGAAUCAGAGCUGCACUCUUUGUUUGCCACAUACGGUAAUGUGAAAGCAACUAAAAUCAUACUCGACAGAGCAGGAGUGUCGAAGGGGUAUGGUUUUGUCACAUUUGAAACAGAAGAAGAAGCUAUGAGAAUCCAGAAAGAGGCAGCAGUUAUAUUCAAAGACCGGAAACUAAAUAUAGCUCCAGCUAUUAAAAAGCAGCCGUUUGCUCGUGUUUAUGCAGAACCCGCAGCAGCAGCAGCCACAACUGUGUCGAGUGGGACCAUACUGUAUCCGGGUGGUGGAAUUCCUCUUUCGUAUCCAACAUUUUUUGGAUCACCAGAGAACGUUUAUCCUCAGGCGAACCUGUUCUAUCCAGCAUAUCUUCCUCAGCAAACUUUCCAUUGCCAUCCUCCGACUGGCUUGAGAGCUCCGAUUCCUGCUGAUAUGAAUCAGUUCAUACCUUCACCAUCUCAUUACUUCAUUCCUGAUCGGAACUAUUAAAAGAGUGAGAAGAUUUCGGUCAAAAAUUUCUCAAUCAGUGACUCGAAGAUUUUUAAUGUUGAUUGUGUUUCUGAGAAUUUUGAAUGUGCCAACAGAAAUGAAGGGGAAUUUUGUCAAAAGCA